GACCGGGUGGUCAGUGCGUUCCGGCAUUGGGGACGCGGCGCCAAAAUUUCGGGACUCUGUUCGCCAGCAGCCCGGCCGCGAUUACGGGGACUGGGACUUAUCACUCCGGGGGACUGACGGAGCACGAGAUUGUUCACUACUUCACAAAAUGUCCCUCAGACUAAGUCGCCCGGCCGUCCGCGGCCUGGGUUCUGCCAUCAAGUCUUCCAGAAUCUCGUCCAGGUCGGCCGCCCUGCUGGUGCCCUCCACCUUCACAUCCGCCUUCUCGACGGCCUCAACACAACGCGCUGCCGCCGCCGGCCACCUCAGGCUACCCGACGACUAUGUGCCGCCUACCCAACCCCCGAGCGCCCGUCCCGUCGAUACGCGCAAGUCGCAACUUCUGCGCACUUACACCUCGAUGCUCCGCUCGACCCCCCUGAUGCUCAUCUUCCAACACAACAACCUUACCGCUAUCGAGUGGGCCGCGAUAAGGCGAGAGCUCACCCUUGCCCUGAGCAACGUUCCCGUCCCUGAGGGCGCUCCCGAUAUCACCUCCAAGAUCCACCUCCAGGUUGUCCGCACGCGCAUCUUCGACGUUGCGCUCAAGACCGUCGAGUUCUUCGACCCUUCUACAGUGGAGCCCACCACGGCCACAACAGCCACGGGUACCAAGGUUCCCGCUACAUACAACCACGAUCUGUCGAAGCAUGCGUGGAAGGCUGUCAAGGAGGCUACCAAGAACCAGGAGGCCGUUGAGAAGACCGUUUACGGCCAGCUCGCUCCUCUCCUCGUCGGACCUGUCGCCAUCCUCACCCUGCCCUCCGUGUCGCCGGCGCAUCUCGGUGCCGCCCUAAGCGUCCUCGCCCCCAGUCCCCCGGCCUUCCCUGCGCCUAGCAGGAAGAAGAACCCCGGUUAUUAUGACCUUACCUGCCAGUCUGGUCUGCAGAAGCUCCUGCUAGUCGGUGGCCGCAUCGAGGGCAAGGCCUUCGACUACGACGGUAUCAAGUGGGUUGGCGGCAUCGAGAACGGUAUCGAGGGUCUGCGCGCCCAGCUCGUGCACAUGCUGCAGAGCGCCGGCAUGGGUCUUACCAGCGUUUUGGAGGGUGCUGGCAAGAGCCUCUGGCUUACCAUGGAGAGCCGCAAGAGUGUCUUGGAGGAGGAGCAGAACCCCAAGAAGGAAGGCGAGGGCGAGGAGGAGAAGAAGGAGUAGAGCUAAUCGGCGUGAAGCUAUUUGCGAACCAACACUGGAGCUUAACCUACUCCACAAACGCCAAAGGUCUGGGUCCUUUAUAUUCCUCGGGCUUGCCGGACCUAGUGAUGCGUUGCUGGUACUUUGUAAGAGAUCGAGUAGAAAAGAUCUGUUGUACAAUACAAUGUAACAAAGACAUGUGUAAAAGCGCAAAUAAUUACCGUCUCGUUGUUUGCGAUGCUGGCUGUUGGGUUGAAGAUCUCUGAAAACACGGUGCAGCUUCGGGUUCUUAGCAGAGGACCUUGAUGAUCAAGUGAGGUCUAGCUAGGC